CCGCGCCCCCGGGCCAGGCUGUAGCGGGGCCGGGGCGGGAGUGCGCGCCGGGCAGGCCGGACAUGGAGGUGGUGGACGAGACGGAGGCGCUGCAGCGCUUCUUUGAAGGCCACGACAUCAACGGUGCCCUGGAGCCCUCCAACAUUGACACCAGCAUCCUGGAGGAGUACAUCAGCAAGGAGGAUGCCUCCGACCUCUGCUUCCCUGACAUCUCUGCUCCAGCCAGCGCCUCCGCCUACGCCCAUGGGCAGCCAGCCAUCCCCGGCUCCAGCGGGGUCCACCACCUGAGCCCCCCUGGGGGUGGACCCUCCCCGGGGCGCCACGGCCCCCACCCACCCCCGAGUUACAGCGCCCCGCUCAACUGCAACAACAACAAUGGCAUGGGUGCUGCUCCCAAGCCCUUCCUGGGGGGCUCUGGGCCCCCCAUCAAGGCAGAGCCCAAGGCUCCCUAUGCCCCAGGCACGCUGCCCGACUCUCCCCCAGACUCAGGCUCGGAGGCCUAUUCGCCACAGCAGGUGAAUGACCCCCACCUCCUGCGCACCAUAACCCCCGAGACCCUGUGCCACGCAGGAGGGCCCUCCCGCCUGGAGCACCUGCCCCCACCUCCAGCCCACCUGCCAGGCCCCCCGCCGCCCCCACCACCCCCACCUCACUACUCCGUCCUACAGCGGGACCUGUACAUGAAGGCGGAGCCCCCGAUGCCCCCCUAUGCUGCUGUGGGGCAGGGCUUGGUGCCCGCCGAGCUGCACCACACCCAGCAGUCGCAGAUGCUGCACCAGCUGCUGCAGCAGCAUGGAGCCGAGCUCCCCACACACCCCUCCAAGAAGAGGAAGCACUCUGAAUCGCCCCCCAACACCCUCAAUGCCCAGAUGCUGAAUGGAAUGAUCAAACAGGAGCCUGGGACCGUGACAGCCCUGCCGCCACACCCACCUCGAGCCCCGUCCCCUCCCUGGCCUCCCCAGGGCCCGCUCUCACCAGGCCCCGGCUCCCUGCCCCUCAGCAUCGCCCGGGUGCAGACGCCGCCCUGGCACCCACCAGGUGCACCCUCACCAGGUCUCCUGCAGGACAAUGACAGCCUCAGUGGCUCCUACCUGGAUCCCAACUACCAGUCCAUCAAGUGGCAGCCACAUCAGCAGAACAAGUGGGCAACACUGUACGAUGCAAACUACAAGGAGCUGCCCAUGCUCACCUACCGCGUGGACGCCGACAAGGGCUUCAACUUUUCGGUGGGUGACGACGCCUUUGUGUGUCAGAAGAAGAACCACUUCCAGGUGACAGUGUACAUCGGCAUGCUGGGUGAGCCUAAGUACGUCAAGACACCCGAAGGCCUCAAGCCCCUCGACUGCUUCUACCUGAAGCUGCACGGAGUGAAGCUAGAGGCCCUGAACCAGUGCAUCAACAUCGAGCAAUCUCAGUCAGAUCGGAGCAAGCGGCCCUUUAACCCUGUCACUGUCAGUCUGCCCCCUGAGCAGGUCACGAAGGUGACAGUGGGGCGGCUGCACUUCAGUGAGACCACGGCCAACAACAUGCGCAAGAAGGGCAAGCCCAACCCUGACCAGAGGUACUUCAUGCUGGUGGUGGCCCUCCAGGCCCACGCACAAAAUCAGAACUACACACUGGCCGCCCAGAUCUCGGAGCGCAUCAUCGUGCGGGCCUCCAACCCGGGUCAGUUUGAGAGCGACAGCGACGUCCUGUGGCAACGAGCGCAGGUGCCCGACACAGUCUUCCACCAUGGCCGUGUGGGCAUCAACACGGACCGGCCUGACGAGGCGCUGGUUGUGCAUGGCAACGUCAAGGUCAUGGGCUCGCUCAUGCACCCAUCGGACCUUCGGGCCAAGGAGCACGUGCAAGAGGUGGACACCAUGGAGCAGCUGAAAAGGAUCUCUCGCAUGCGGCUCGUGCACUACAGAUACAAGCCGGAGUUUGCUGCCACUGCUGGCAUCGAGGCCUCGGCGCCAGAGACAGGUGUCAUUGCCCAGGAGGUGAAGGAGAUCCUGCCUGAUGCUGUGAAGGACACUGGAGACGUGGUCUUUGCCAAUGGGAAAACUAUAGAGAACUUUCUGGUGGUGAACAAGGAGCGUAUCUUCAUGGAGAACGUGGGUGCUGUGAAGGAGCUGUGCAAGCUGACGGACAACCUGGAGACGCGCAUCGAUGAGCUGGAGCGCUGGAGCCACAAGCUGGCCAAACUGCGGCGGCUGGACAGCUUCAAGUCCACCGGCAGCGCAGGCGCCUUCAGCCACACAGGGAGCCAGUUCAGCCGGGUGGGCAGCAUCCCCCAUAAGAAGAGGCCCCCCAAAGUAGCCAGCAAGCCACCGUCCGUGGUCCCAGACCAGGCCUGCAUCAGCCAGCGCUUCCUGCAGGGAACCAUCAUUGCCCUGGUGGUGGUCAUGGCCUUCAGUGUGGUGUCCAUGUCCACGCUGUACGUGCUGAGCCUGCGCACCGAGGAGGACCUGGUAGAAACGGAUGGCUCUUUUGCCGUGUCCACUUCCUGUCUCCUGGCCCUGCUCCGGCCCCAGCACCCGGGGGGGAGUGAGGCCUUGUGCCCAUGCAGGUCCAGCCAGAACUUUGGAACCACUCAGCUCCGACAGUCCCCUGUGACCACUGGGCUGCCGGGCACACAGCCCUCGUUGCUGCUGGUUUCCACCAGCCUGGCCAGCUCAGCCCCGGGACCAGCCAUCCGCACCUUAGACUUGUGCUCCAGCCACCCCUGCCCUGUUGUCUGCUGCUCCUCACCCACUCCAAGCCCUACUGCUGACCCUAGUCUUGGCUCCAGCUUUAGCCCCGGCCGAGAUCUCAACCCCAGUUCCAGCUCCUCCACGAACCACUCAGACCCUAGCCAGAUGGCCCUGCUGCCAGUCACCAACAUCAGAGCCAAGUCCUGGGGCCUGUCAGCCAAUGGCAUUGGCCACUUCAAGCAUCCAAAGAGCUUGGAGCCUGUGGCCAGUCCUGCAGUCCCCUUCCCUGGGGUGCAGGGCAAAACCAAGAACAGCCCCAGUCUCCGAAUCCAUGGCCGGGCCCGCCGAGGGGCCCCCCAGCCUGGCCUGGGCCCUGCCCAGCCCACUCAGACCUGGGGCCCACCAGACGCAGCCCCCUCCCUGACCUCCAUCCAGGUGCUGGAGAACUCGAUGCCCAUCACUCCCCAAUACUGCGCUCCAGGGGGUGCCUGCAGGCCUGGGAACUUCACCUACCACAUCCCUGUCAGCAGCAGGACUCCCCUGCACCUCAGCCUGACGCUGCAGAUGAACUCCUCGUUCCCCGUGUCCGUGGUGCUGUGCAGCCUGAUGUCAGAGGAGCCGUGUGAGGAGGGGGGCCUUCUACGGAGCCUCCACACCCACCAGGACACCCAGGGCACUUCCCACCAGUGGCCAGUAACCAUCCUGUCCUUCCGUGAAUUCACCUACCACUUCCAGGUGGCAUUAUUGGGUCAGGCCAACUGCAGCGCGGAGGCCCUGGUCCGGCCAGCCACAGACUACUACUUCCGAUUCUACCGCCUGUGUGACUGAGUUGCCCUCCCUGAGGCAGCCCCACACCGGGGCCCGGGGCCCCUGGGCGCCCUCCCUACACUGGAUGCAGUGGUGUUACACUGGAGCCUGCGGCCCGCCAGCUCUCCACCACUCACUGGCACUCCCCUGGAGGCUGAGCUCGGCCUGGCCCUCCCUGCCUGGUGAAACUGGAAGUCCUCACACUGGAGCUGCUGUUCCUGCUGGUCACUCCUCCCACACCCCGGAGGGAACCAGAGACCUCCUGGGGCCAGGACAGGACCAGUUCACAUCUGUCCAGCUAUGGUGGUUGGAGGGCUGGCUUCAGGUGCCCUGGAGGCAAGGGGAAGCCUGGGACUCUCUCCAGAGCCCACCCUCCCUGCCUCUCCUUUUGAGACUGGGAGCUGCCUUUUGGCCCUCAGAGAGGACCUGCUUGCCUUUGAGAUCAGCGGAGGCUUGAUGGAGCCGACACUUGGCUGGAACCAUGGAUCAGUGGAGGGCAGACAGCCCUCACUCUCGAAGUGGCUCCCUGAGGGGUAGCGAGGAGAUGGGACUUUUGGGGUUUGACUGUUACGCUGGACUUGCACUUCGAAGCUUUAAGUGUGGCCCAGGAGGUCUCCUGUCCCUGGGAGAGCUUGGCUCCAAGAGCUUCCAGGGCAACUGAAGCCAGCCCUGGAUGGGUUGGAGAGAUGAACCACGUGCCUUAUGUACACUUAGUGCCUGGCUGAACCAGUGGGGCCAGUGGGCCAGGUAAGCCUCGGACCCUUGAACCUGGAGUAUCCUGGAAGUUCCCCAUGAGUUUCCUGGUGGUGCGGCCCCAAGGCCUGGGCUCCUGGGAGCUGCUAGAGCUCAUAGAGGUGCCGGUGACCCAUCAUUCUUUGAGCAGAGGAGCAGGAAUCCUUGCAAGGCCGCAGGCCAUCUUGGCUGAUGGAUGGGUGCAGAUAGCUUUUCCUGUUAUUAAUGAAUUACUAAAAUGCACUUAAACCAGGACAAGAGUGGAAGGGUGGUGACAGGGGCCCAGAGCGGGCCAGAGUCUUGGGAUGAUACUUGCAAAGACAGGGCCCUGGUUCUGAUCUGUCCCAGGGGGCCUUGAGACAUCCAUCCGACUCCCGACCAUGAAGACUCUGGCCUCUCCCUCCAUUCUUGUCUGCUGGAGGCCCCAUCUCUGCUCACUCCUCCCAGGCGUGGGGUGGGCUCAGGUUAGGGCGGAAGUCUUAUCUCAAGUGCCAAUGUUAACUUGUCUUUAGUGAGUGUCUGCAGCAUUCUGAGGCCACAUCUGACUUGUGGAAGGAGUGUGGCAAUCACUGAGCCAUGUCUGCCAUGGGUUCAGAUACGAGGACAGGACUUCCCUUAUGUCCUUGCUCUGUGGUCUGCCACCUCUCUGGGAACCAGGCCUUGCCCCUCUCCUAUGUCUCAUUCUCAGCUCUGAAUGGGAGGCCUUUACAUAAUGGGGCUGAAUCUUGAAAAAGUCUAGAACUGUGAGCCCCCUUCUGCUGUGGAUCUCAAAGCACUUAU